CGACCGGGAACAUUCUCUUUACAGUAAACUGAAGAAGUAGUGUUCUCUUUGAGCUAAGGCUUACAAAUCCAGGACUAUCUUGCGUUUGAAGCAACCUACUUCAUAACAAUGACGGACAGCUCAACUGCUGAACUUGCCUGUGUAUACAGUGCCCUUAUUUUGCAUGACGAUGAUGUCGACAUUACAGGUGAAAAGAUUACCAAGUUACUCAGUGCUGCUAAAGUGGAUGUAGAACCAUUCUGGCCUGGCUUGUUUGCAAAAGCUCUUCAAGGCAAAAAUAUUGGUGAUUUGAUCUGUAAUGUUGGUUCUGCUCCAGCUGCUGGUGGUGCUGCUCCUGCUGCAGGUGGCGAUGCUGCUGAUGGUCAACAAGAAAAGAAAGAAGAGAAAAAGAAGGAGGAGUCUGAAGAAGAAUCCGACGAUGACAUGGGUUUCGGUCUGUUCGACUGAAGAAAGAAUUGUAUGUAAUCUGGAAAAAAGUGGUCAAAAAAAUCUGCUGUAUUUUGUUUGUUAUUACGGACUGUCAAAUCCUUAACUUCAUUCAACCAGCACAAAGUCGGCUUGUUUACGUCUUACCUCCUAAAUAAUUCAAGAUUUCUAUAUUUCAUCAGUUCAGCGAGGCCAUUAGCGCUCAAAACAAAAGAUUCUGAUAUUGAGCAAAGAACAAUAGAACUACCAACCUUGGACCGCUGGGUCUCCUGGCUGCACUCCGCUGAUUAUUUAUUUCUUUUGCUGGGUCUCCUGGCUGCACUAUUGAGGACUCGGCUGAUUUUUAAAUUGUAUUGCCGAUGUAGGCUGAAUCGCAAAAAUUUCUUUGCAAAAUUUUAUUUGAGAAAGAAUGCGUUUGAAAGGAA